AUGCUGCAGCGUCAUCCAUGUCUGGAACUAGUGCAGCACCUCAUCGCCUAUGCGAUGCGCCUCGGCAGCGGCCCCUUCCGAGGCCGACAUCUUUGCUGUCGCAUAAGCCUUGCCCAUAGACGAGCGAAUGACACAAUGGGUAGGAGAGCCGCUAGGAAGAGUUCAUGCUACACCACACCGCGCAAAAAAAAAAACGUCUCGAACAUGCUGCACAGCUUAGACGGGCUUCAAGGCAAGCAGGGGCGCUCCUGCAUAAACUGCUCAAGCUUUCUAAGCGUGCCGUGCACAUCAUCUGAGUCCCGCAAAAAAUGCGGACUCACGGACACGCUGCAUGCGUCUCAGCUGCUGCUGUAUCCUGGCAACGAUGUUCAGGAGUCUCCCCGCAUCAGGGGCCUCGCCUGUGGUGGCCAACACGGAGCGGAGGGUUUCACACAGCUGAGUGCACACCGCGAUAUCCACCACAAAAUCGUUUGUCUGAACCGACGUUUCUUGCAAGUGUUUUGCCUCUAUCACAUGUUAGUGCGGCGUGGCGUCGGAGGGCCCCCCUCCGUCAUCACGGCGGCGUCUUUGGUUUCUAACGGCAGUUCCGUUUGCAACUCAAUUACCGCCCUCGCAGCAUCCGCUGCUCUCGCAGUGUGGGGCCCCGUGAGGGGUGUCUGGCUCAGCGAGACCGCACGCUCAUUUGCUGAGGCGCCACGUUGCCUGUUCGUACCGCCUGCUUCAGCGUCGCAGGCCGUUUGCGCGGCGCACGCAGGCGACUCCAAUCCGCUGCUUUCGCGCAGCUCGAGACACAAUUCAAUCGAGUGCCGUGACGGUGUACUGCUCCUCCUCCGUGAGAGACGCAGACGCUCCAGUCAUUUUGGGUGCGAGGUUGCCAAUCUUAGAUACAACGAAGGUAAGCGCCUCACCCUGCCGCAAAGCCACGGCGGGACGGCAUGGUCGGUGACUCCUCCUUUUGCAACAGUGGCACCGACGCGAGGUUCCCCUCCCCAAUAA